UCGUAGAUUUCCGAAUUAGAGGGUGUAAAUAUUUAUUAGCCGAUCAUAAAAAAUUCUCCUGCCUCAUGGCUGAGGGCAUAAUGUGUCAUUACAAUCACAAUGUUCUGACAAUGAGUUACAGUCGGACAACGAAAAACUAUAUUCAUGGAAUCCUACAAGUCUUGGGUGGUGGAUGUGGUAUAGCCUCCGCCCUGAUCAAAUGUAUACAACAUAACUUUAAGUUUGAUGAUCUGCAUGCAAAGCUGGGUUUUGCUGCCUUUAUACUUUGUUGUGUCAGUCUAGUGUCAGGACUUGCCGCUUUCUUUGCCAAGUUCAUGAAGAAAUGUGUGAGCCCCCUGCUGACCAAAACCUUUCACACCAUAUUGGGUAUUGGCACCUUUGCGGUGGCCCUAAGUGCCCAAUAUUAUGGCUUCAAUACCGGAUUCUUUAGCCAUAAUACUCCCUCGAAAGAUUUUACAAUUCUGAUACAAGUUAUCACGUUGAUGAUCCUGAUCUUGUCCUGCUGGGGUCCCUUGAAGAAUUUGUAUCACAAAAUUUGUUGUUUAUUUGAGGUGAAUUAGAAUUGGAGAUUAUUUUAGGAAAAGUAGGAUAUAAUUGAAUAAGAAAAAAAUAAUAAUAAAAAAAUAUUUAAAAAAAUUCAAAAAUAAUAAAAAUAAUAUUUAAAAAAAUAAUUUAAAAAAAAUUUAAAA